AUGAUGUGCCGGCUAUGGCAUAUCAUGAAGAUUAUAUGGAGCAUUAUUAAAUAUGAAAUAAAUCCAGCCUCAACCACUAACAGUAACAGGGACAAUGCAGGCUUACAGGAGGUGAAAGUGAAAAUGCUUGCUGUAACUUCAUUGGGUGACGUCUGGCUGGAGAGAGAGAUCCGGAGUCCACUCGAAGUGGCCGGAGUUGGGGAUGCCGUCGGCCAGCGUCUGGAUGGGGACGACGUUGCUGCUGGGACCGCGCAGGAGGACCAGAGCAACCGUGCCUGGGGUCGUCGGCUGCCAGGUGAUGGUGUAUGGCUUUCCAGCAGGGACUUGUUCGUUCAGACCGGGCAGAGCAAUGGGAUUGCCGCUGGGAGGCUGGUUGUAGUCGGGGGGGGUGUAGGCGGAAGCCAGGGCCACGAGGGCAGCGGAGAAGAUGGAGAUGAAGCGCAUUUCUUCUUUAUUUUAUAUCGAAAGAGUGACUAG